AGUGAAUGAAGUGUUAUUUGUAGAACAAUGAGUGAAAAGAGUUUCGGGGACAAAAAAGAUGAUGUGUCUAGUGAUUCGUCAGAGGAAAAUAACGAGAUAAGGCCAAGAAUUUUGAAUAAGGGAAAUAAGGACAAUACGGUUUUGAAUGACGAAAGUAUGGUGGAUAAUUUAUCGCAACCGUCACCCUCAUCGAUGGCACGAAUUGAAAAGAGACCUAGAAAUACGAGUGAUGACACGGAUGAAAAUGAUGCAGAAGGUUUUACCUUAGUAGAAAGAAGGAGAAGAUCAAAGCGUCUGAAUAGAAGUUUAUCGCAAAAUAACUUAUCGGAUUUGACUCAAAUAAAUAAUUUGUCGGAUUUACCGCGGAAAAAUCGUGUCGAGGCUUUUGUUCAGACAUGUGAGGGUUGUGAGGUGUGUGUCACGUCGAAGGAAGAUUUGCCUAAACAAGUUGGUUUGGCCAAGUUAUUGAGAUCAGAUGGCAUACAAAACAUACAAAAAAUAACUUAUAAAAACUCGUGCAAGGUGUUAGUAAAGUUCAAUAGCAAACAUGACGCAGAAAAAUUGUUGCAUUCCAAAAAAAUUAAUGACUUAGGAUACAGAUGUCAACUAACAACUGAGCUAAAUUUGACAUAUGGAAUAUUGAGGCGUAUAGAAUUGGAUGUUACUGAAGAAGAAAUAAAGAAUAAUUUUGAUUGUAUGCACAAGAUCUUGUCUGCUAAGAGGCUAAAAAGGCUCGAUGAACGCGGAGCGUGGGUUGAUAGUGAGACCGUCAGAGUAUGUUUUCAGUCGUCCACUUUGCCUCCAUAUGUGUCAGCAUAUGGCUAUAGAAUCAAGGUGGAGCUAAAUUAUUUCCCUGUUACCCAGUGCUCAGGAUGUUGGAAGUUCGGGCAUCUACUAAGAGUAUGUCCGAAUAAGAAGAAAACGUGUCCGAAAUGUGGAGGCGCUCACGAUAACUGCGAAACGACAACUUUUGUAUGUAUUAAUUGUAAAGGGAAACACAUGGCUCUUGACAAAAGUUGUCCGUCAUACCAGAAAGAACGAAGGAUUCGAGUGAUUAUGGCUGAAGAAAAUUGUACGUACCGGAUAGCAUUACAGAAAGUGUUAAGUGAAAAACAAGGCCAGGAGACUGUACACUCUGUGCUAACAGAAACGGAUGCAGUAAAUGAACACAUCCCGCUACCAGGCACGUCCAGCACUUUGCCUACAAGCUAUCGAGACAGUGUUCUAAAAACUGUCACGACACAAAGCCCUAACACUGAAUCAGAAAUGGAACACGAUGGAAGCGACGAGGAAAGUAACUUAGAAAGAAAUCAAAAGCAUGUUGGUACCCCAAAACCGAAAAAAGUAAAAGGUACGAAGAAGAAUGGCACACAACAAAAGGUUAGGAUGGAUCAAGACACAGGCGUAGUAAGUGAAGAUGGCUCUGCAAGACGGGAAACCACUAGUGAUCAAGAAAACAUCCACGAAAAGAAGAAUCUUUUCUCAUGGGCCUUAUUUUUAAAGAAGGCUAAAAAUAUAUUAGUAUCAGAUACGUCUCUGGAAGAAAAAGUCAAACUGGGAAUUAAAUUAAUCAUGGACGCAAUAACUAAAUUUGUAUUUAAGAUCGUAAGUAGCGAAAAUUUUUUGAGUAGUAUAAUUUCUAGUUUUGGUAAUGGGUAAAGAGCUGACUUUAAAUAUUAUACAAUGGAAUUCACAAAGUAUACGACCUAAACUUGUACAGUUUGAAGCACUAUUAAGCCAAGAAAAGAUCCAUAUAGCUAUAGUAAGUGAAACCUGGUUGGAUGUGGACUCAGUUAUGAACUUUAGUGGGUAUGAUGUGUACCGUUGCGAUCGAGCAGACGCCUAUGGGGGUGUAGCUAUCGUUAUUCAUAAGUCUAUACAAUCGUACCGAACCUCAUACAAUGUUGUGAACCCAGGAAUUGAAAUCCUACAUGUCAAAAUUCUAAAUUGUAAAUACCUAGAAAACGUCUUAGCAGUAUAUUGUCCGUCGUCUGUACGUACUACUCACGGCGAUUGGGAUGGUAUUUUUUCCAAGUUUCCCAAAUUAUCGGUAAUAGCAGGUGAUCUAAAUGGGCAUCAUACAAACUGGUCUUAUAAAAAUAACAGGCGAGGUAUUCAACUGGCUGAUGCGGCAUUACAUAAUGGAUAUAUCUCAUUAAAUGAUGGUAGUCAUACUAGAUUAAAGUUAGUAAAUAACGUGUUACAAAAGUCAUCACCAGACGUUACGUUUGUCUCUUCUGAUAUAGCAAUUUAUUUCAAUUGGAAAAUAUGUAAUGAAAAUUUAGGAAGUGACCAUUUGAUAAUUAAGUAUUCUAUGACGUUCAACUGUAAGUUAGUAUUUAGCGCGAGGCGUAAUUACAGAAAGGCGAAUUGGAUAGCAUAUAGAGAGUAUAUUGAAGAGCGUUUAUCGACGAUAUUACCGGAUGUCGCAGAUAUUCAAAUAUUGUAUAAUGACUUUUUAACACUGAUAAAUGAAGCUGCAGAUAAAUAUAUUCCAAAAAUUAAAAUAUGCAAAUUCCCCGUGCAACAAUUUACGCCUAAAGACUACUGGUGCUCAGAUUUAUCUAGAAUAGUUGCACAAAGACGGUUAGCACUGAAAGAGUUUCGUCGCAAUCCAACGCCACAAAAUUUAGAUAUAUUAGAAAAAAUUAAUAUUGAAAGCAAAAAGAAAAUUAGACGGGCGAAAGCUGUAAGCUGGCAUAAGUUUUGUGACAGUUUAGGCGAGUCUACCACAGCAUCAGAAGUUUGGAAGAAAAUGCGUUGGGCCAAAGGUAUCCGAGGCAACGCGUUUAAUGUGUCCGAUGAUAAGAAAAAUGAAUUAUUGCGCAAUCUAGCGCCAGACUCCGUGACACCUCGUAAGCCCAUUAUUAGGUCCGAAAAUGUGCAGUUAGACCAACAGUUUAGCAUUCAUGAAUUAAUGUGUUGUAUUAAAAAGAAAGAUACUUCGCCUGGGGAAGAUCAAAUAACGUAUUCAAUGAUAUUUAACUUACCUAUGUGCGCAAAAAUGUAUUUGUUGAAACUAUAUAAUUUGAUAUUUAUUAAUGCUUUUGUACCAAAUCAAUGGCGAAGUAUACAGGUGGUACCUAUUCCUAAAAUAGGUAAUCAUAGCGAUGCUGAAAAUAAGCUUCGACCUAUAUCUUUAUUAUCCUGUAUCUGCAAAAUCUUCCACGUUAUGUUAACUAAACGAUUAGAAUGGUAUGUUGAGAAAAACAAAAUAUUUUCAUGUUCUGUUACAGGUUUUCGAAGAGGACAGUCUUGUAUUGAUGCCCUAGUCCGCUUGGUUACGUACAUACAAAUAGGUUUUUCUGAGAAAAUGCCAACCCUCGCCUGUUUUUUAGACAUAGAUAACGCGUACAAUAAUGUGUUGGUAGAAAAAGUUGUAACUACAUUAGAUGAUUUGUCGGUAGGUUCUAAAGUAUGCAAUUACUUGUGGAAAUUUCUUACUAGAAGGAAGCUUAAAAUUAAAAGUGAUAGUUUGACAGAUUGUGAAAGGUGGUGUAGAAAGGGACUAGCUCAAGGUGACCCUAUGUCUCCUUUGAUAUUCAAUAUUGUUACUCAUAAAAUAGCUAAGUUUACACAAAAUGUAAUAUUGUCUCAAUAUGCGGAUGAUUUUGUCAUAUACAAAAGGUCAUGUAACUUGAACGAAAGUAUAAUGAGCGUACAAGUGUCACUCAGUGAAAUAGCAAUUAAGUUAGAAGAAAUAGGAUUAGAAAUAUCGAAUAGUAAAACUAAAGCUUGUUUAUUUACUAGAAGACGGAAAAUACUGCCCAUUAAUCUAACUCAUGGAAAUAACUUAAUAUGUUUAGUGGACAAAAUAAAAUACUUAGGUUUCUGGUUGGAUAAAGCAUUACUAUUUAGCAGCCAUAUAAAUGAAAUUCUUGUAAAGAUAUCCAAAUACGUUAAUAUAUUGAAAGUUCUGUCCGGGCCGACGUGGGGUGUACACCCUUCUCAUUUAAGGAGAAUUUAUAUAGCGCUAAUUCGUAGUAGGAUGGACUAUGCAUGUUUUUUGUAUGACUGUAGUGCUAACUCCCACGUAACGAAAUUAGAUAAGCUUCAGAAUCAAGCCUUAAGAGUAAUAGGUGGCUUUAUAAAAACUACUCCGAUUCAUGUAAUGGAGUCUGAGUUAACUAUAGUACCUUUACAUAUACGUAGAUCUUAUUUGGCUUACAAAUAUUGUCUUAAAUGUUUAACAUGGACCAAUAAUAAAACUGUUGAAUUUCUAGAAGUACUUGAAUUAUCUUCUAGAUGUAGGUACUGGCUAAGGAAAAAAUCACCAUUGCUUGCAACUGUUUACUCCGACGUAAAGCAUGAAAGGAUAUUUACCUCAAAUCCCCUUAAAAUGUUCAGUCUGGAUACUUGGGUUUCUAAUAUUCGUUUCAGAGAUGUAAUUCGUACUAAUUUAGAUUUAGUGCAAUGUGCAAAGAAAUUAUACCAUCCUAGCGAUAUAAGAAACAAUGUUUUAUUGGAACUAAGUGAAAAAUAUGGAGAUUGGCACAAAGUCUAUACAGAUGCAUCAAAGACUGAAACUAGUAUAGGAGCCGCAUAUUUUGACCCAGUGUUUAAAACCAAAAGUUGUUACAACAUAAUUUCAGAAAUUUGUAUUAUGUCGGCGGAGUUAUUUGCGAUCUCAGAGGCGAUAUCUUAUGCAAUUAGUUUAAAAUGCAGAAAUAUCGUCAUUUUUACAGACAGUAAAAGUGCUUUGCAACAUGUAGCUCGCUGCGCCUCUGGAAACAGAGGUACAGCGAUAGCUUACACUGUGCUUGAUAAAUUGUACACUUUACCUACUGAUAUGUCUUUGAGACUUCAAUGGAUCCCCGCACACAUAGGAUUGAGUGGAAAUGAGGAGGUUGACAUUUUAGCCAAAGAAGCCUGCACAAUUGGAUCAGAAGUUUACAUUACUCCAGACUUUACAGAAAAAUUACAUACAUACAAUAAGAAAAUACGUGGGAUAUGGAAAGUACACUUUGAUGAGCGUUGUAAAGAAAAAGGUAUAUGGUACAGGACUAUGCAGUGUGAACCUCCUCAUAUUCCUUGGUUUAUGAAUGCUAGGUUAAGUAGGAAAUUAAUUAAGAUAGGAUUAAGACUUCGUUCAGGACACAUUCCUCUGAAAAAGUUCGCUUUUAUGAUGAAGAAAGUGCCAUCCCCAAACUGCGAAGCUUGCAAUGUUGUAGAGGAUGUCCAACAUGUAUUGGUGGAAUGUGUGCGGAACGAAGGUAAUAGACAAUUGUUAAUGAAGUCACUAAAUCUUAAUAGGUUAGAUGUAGGCGUAUUUCAAAGCAUUUUGGCUGCACCAAUCUCUGAAGAGGCAAAGGAGAUAUAUUUAUUUGUGUAUAAUUAUAUUAGUCAGUAUACUGUCAGGCCGUAGAUGAUUGUAAUUUAGUUUAAGGUACGAUGGGACUGGCGUAAUCUUAAGAUUAAAAGUCCCUAAAUAAAUAAAGGAUUAAAAAAAAAAAAAAAAAAA